AUGCCGUCAUACGCAGAGAUCACCGGGUCCAUCAUGGCGAUGGUGCUCAGCACAGAUCAGACGCUCUUCGUACUGUAUCACCACAACAGCUACGCGGCAAACCCCGUGAUGUUGCGCAGCUCGAAGCCGAUGGUGAUGCGUGACGUGUUCCUGACCCGGAGCAACGCCUCCUAUCCGAACCCGCUCUCAUGCCUGUACGUGACUAACGGCACAGACUGCUUCGUCAACUGCGUCAUGGCGUGGGUGGUGGCGAAGCCGCUAACCGAGGUACUGGGGUGGCGGCACGCGAUAGCUUUGUACAUUGGCGCCGGGCUGUUCUCAAGCUUUGCCUACGUGUUCGCCGCGCAGGUGAGCCGCACCAAGACAACCUCGCAGUUCGACUGCAGUGCCACGAGCAACGGUGCCUACGCCAGCUACGCGACGCUGUCCCUAGUGAUGCGUGAAACCUACAUCCCGUACCUGAAGCGCGUGCCCAUCAUCUGGGCCGGCGCUCCGUACCUGCUCAAGUGCACCUACGACGAGUACGUUUCGCCGAGACUGGUCGAGCGGCGGCGUGUGGGCGACAUCGAACUGCGCAACUGGGGGUUUAUCGGCGGCGUCUUCUUCACGCUCAUCUACAGCUCGCUGCUUUUCCGCACACGCAGAGACUUCAACUUAGCGAGAACGUUUUUCCAGAACUUGCAUCAGCGCGUUGCGGCGCGGAAGUAG